CUCCCCCCGCGGUGCAUUGUGGGACCUCGGCGGACCCGGAGCGAGGCUGACGGCAGCGGAGCCAUGGACGUGUUCCUCAUGAUCCGCCGCCACAAAACCACCAUCUUCACUGAGGCCAAAGAGUCCAGCACAGUCCUGGAGCUCAAGCGCAUCGUGCACGGGAUCCUCAAGCGCCCCCCUGAGGAGCAGCGGCUCUAUAAGGAGGACCAAGUCCUGGAGGACUCCCGGACCCUUGGGGACUGUGGGUUCACCAGCCAAACAGCCAGACCCCAAGCACCAGCUACAGUGGGGCUGGCACUGAGGACAGCAGAGGAGCCCUUCGAGCCCCUGCGCAUCGACCCCUUCUCCUCCCCCCCCGAGCUCCCGGAUGUGAUGAAGCCACAGGACGCGCCCGGAGCCGCCCCCGAGGCCCCCCUGCCCUGAGGGGGUCACGUGACCGUCACGUGACCACCCCAUGGGCGUCAUGUGACCCUUCCUGUGUGUGGUAUGGGUGUAUUACAUGGGUUACAUACAUGUACAUGGGUGUUCUAUGGGUGUUAUAUGGGGAACAUGCCUGUUACAUGUGAUAACAUGGGGUACAUAUAUGAACAUACGUGUUCUAUGUGUGUUAUAUGGGUGGACAUGUGUGUUACAUGUGAUAACAUGGGGUACAUACGUGAACAUGUGGGUUAUAUGGGUGUUACAUAUGGGAACAUGUGUGUUACAUGCGAUAACAUGGGGUAUAUACAUGAACAUGGGUGUUGUAUGUGUGUUAUAUGUGUGUUACAUGUGAUAAUAUGGAUGUGUAUGGACUAUAUGGGUGUCCUGUAUGUGUUAUGUAUGGGAACAUGUGUGUUACAUGCGAUAACAUGGGGUACAUACAU